AGCCAACCUGCAUCAUGAUCCCACACCUCUGAUUUCCAAUUGAAAACAUACUUUGAAGGUGGUGUAGCUGCAUGCAGGUACACUUGUUCAGAGAGGUAAAAAAUAAAAGAAACUGAAACUUUGAGACAAAUUUGCAGACAAAAAGAAAACUAAACAGUGGAACUACUCCAGCUUUUCUUGCCUCUUAGUCUGACAUGGAGGCAGCCACGUCUACUUUACAACAAUCUUUUGGUUUUGGUCCUCGGGGUCCAAACCCUCCACAUGGAGCUCAGCAGGCCCAGGGGUCACACUCGGGGCCCUCAGCUGCUCCACGUCCUGAAGAGCAGCAGCAGCAGCAGCAGCAGCAGCAGCAGCAGCAGCAGCAGCAGCAGCAGACACACCACAAACCUUUCUUCUACAUUCAGCCAUCACAGCCUGCCCCGUUCUUGCCCAUGCAGAGUCUGCAGUGGCCGGUGCCCUUAACCAUGCCUAUGUCCUACAACCCGUACUACGCCUACCCAGGUCUAGGUUAUGGGAUGCCAGUGAUGCCUCACUUUCAGCCAAAUUCUUACAUGGAGCCUCCUAGCUUCGUUGUUCCACACACCAACCUCCAUCUAGUGGACUACAGAAGAAUCCUCAACCCUCAGUACUACCAGACCAUGGCGUACCACUCCCGCAGGCUCCGCUACCAACAAAAUGGCCCCAACAGAGAAAUGACCAGCUCUGAGGUCCAAACUGAGCCGCUAUCUGCCACCCAGAGGACCAGCACGCCUGGCUCAAGCAACGUUGAAGCCUCCGAUAGCGUCUCAGUCCGAAGAAGCGACAACAACCUGUGUGUCCACGCUCAAAAGCCUCCCUCACCAACCUUAGCUGUGCAGAAUAGAGAUAAGUCUGUGGUGCCAAAGGAUUCAGUACCUGCUUCCACCACCAGGACACCACCGAAUGGCAGCUUUGUGAUCCAAACAGAGGAAGUACGCAUUGAAUGCUGCACAACACCCGUAGGACUGCAACUUCUGCACUCCCGCGAGACUGCAGAAAUGUCCCACAGCUUUUCCCAAGACAUGGUCCAGCGUAGCACUGUCCUCCAGGGUUGUGUUCUGCAGGAAAACAAACAGUGCAUUCCUGCAGGCGAGUCGGAGCAGGGUCUCCAAGCAUGUCCUGAUAUCCUUUUAGUUGGGACAGGAAACAACCAGAAGAUUCCAGCUCUGGAAGAGUCUGGGAAUCAGACGGAUUCAGCAGCUGCUUUGUUGGAAGUAGAAGUUCCUGGCAACAGCAGUAGAGAGAAAGAUCUGAAUGUAACGUCAAAGAACGCUGAAUUCAAAGUGGUUCACUUGCCGUUUGAUUCAAAGUACCUGGAUCAACUCAGGAGGAUGGAGUCGACCGUUUGGUCGAUGGAGGACACUUUGAUUCCCUCGCCAGAGUCUGGAGGCUGCACACAGUCUCAAAAUGAAUCCCUAGUUCCCUCUGAAGACAUCCUAACAGCGAGAAAGAAGGAUGCAGAUGCUGCCGUCCCUGUUGUUGAGAUGCCUCCUGCAGAAGAGAACGAUCUGGAAGACAUGGUCCCAACUUUGCAGGUUCAUGGGGAGUCUGAUUCUGACAUGUAUCCUCGGAUGGAAGUUCCUGUUGCAGAGGAAGCUCCUGUCACACAUAAAGAUGAAGUAACUCAUGUUCCUUAUUUGCUGUUGUUGGAUAAUACCUCUCCUAAAGCAGAGAGGAGCCAACUUAGACGAGAGGCAAACAUCCAGGAUCACCAGGACACCUCGUUUGAAUCCUUGCCUGCCUACCUCCCUUCAGCCAGCUGGCUCGCUGACUUUGAUAACGUCUACUACUGCAGUAAGAUGCCACCAACUCCAAAAAAGCAAACCAGACCUUUGAGCAACCAUGCUUUAGAUGUGCCUUCAAGAAGACGUAAACUAGACAUGGAGUACAAAGAUCACCCAACAGCUCGAAAGGCUAAAGAGAGGUACAAACCCAAAGGUAAGGUGGAUCGAAGGAGCCUCUCUGACCAUGAGUGCUGCCUCAGUAGGAACUUCAGUGAAAAUGCCUUCACUUCUUAUGCAUCCAAGCGAGAGCGACUUUGCUCCAGAUGUCUCUCAAAGCAAAGGAUCUGCAUGUCUCCAAGUCCAGGACUUGAAGGUCGCACCUUAAAGAGGAAAGCCACUCCUUUCCAACAGUGGAACGACGCACCUUUACCGACGUGUGAAGCCUGUAAAUCUCACCCAAAGAACCAGCUGAUGAGGAAAGGUUCCUGCCAUGAUAUCCGCGGCCUUCAUGGUCCCGACACUGAAGGAGAAUCAUCUGAGAACAGCUCAAGUCGCACAGCAACAAAAUGGAGGCCAGGCAAUGACCAAAGUAAGCUGAACGAGCUGAAGAGACCGCUCGCCUCCAAGCAAAACAUCGACAAAUGUCCGGCAGUGAUGUACCCGAAGCUGAGGGAGAAGAACUGUGUCUGCAACGAGCUGCAGCAUCAGCCGGCGACAUGGGAGAGGCUGAGACACUGUCCUCACGGGAACGCCAUCCGAGAAAUGGACGAGAACUGUGCCGUGCUGCUUUCCCCUCAGGACAAGUGGAGGAACAUGAAUCAGACUUACCUGAUGCACAGAUGGCACACUGAGAAAUCAUGGAAAGAAGUGAUGCCAAACAUCGAUGGAUCCAAUGUCGGAUCACAACACUUUAAACACAAGAAAUCACAACCACAAUCACAAGGGGGAAUUGGUCUGGCUAAUGCAGAAGAAUGAAAUAAAGAGAAGAGAGGAUUGAGCCAGAAAAUGUGGAGAAAUGAAAAUAAAUUCGAAGAAAAGACACAAGAUGCUGAUUUGCACGAGCACCAUUCUACAAAGUGAAAACCACAUUUUAAAGAUGUAUAUACACUUUAUUUAAAUUAUUUCCACUUAUUUAUUACAGUCAGAGUCACAAUGUUCACUAUUUAUUGACAAAAGAAUAAACACAGAUUUAUGCUA